GCUAGUUGGCUUCUUCCACGAAAAAAAAGACGAAGAAGCGCGCUGACGUUCAGCUUCUCUGAUUCUACAUUCGACCCACGAUCGUGGCCAGUCUAAUCUGUCUCGUGACAGGAGCAAGAAACGGUGCUCAGCUGACUGAACGCACUCUGGUUGCUGUAACUAUCAUGGCCUCUGGUUUUCCACGUCGGCGACAUUGGGAGGAGAGGGUUGAUGGCCUGUCCUGUGUUCCAGCAUCGGUUGCGUGGCGAUACAGGGAAUGUUUGACUCGAGGUCGUGCGAAACAACUGCUUAUCAGAUUGGGAGGCAUCGACGUUGGCAGGAGAGGGAUGACCUGUCCCAUGUUCCAGCAUCGGUUGCGUGGCAGUUCAGGCAAGAUGUUAACUCGAGGUCGCUCAAAAAUAUUGAUCAUCAGAUUGAGAGGCAUCAACAUUGGCAGGAGAGUGAUGACCUGUCCCGUGUUCCAGCAUCGGUUGCGCGGCGGUUCAGGGAAGAUCUUAACUCGAGGUCACCCGAAACUAUAGCUUAUCAGAUUGGGAGGCAUCAACAUUGGCUGGAGAGGGAUGGCCCAUCCCGUGUUCCAGCAUCGGUUGCGUGGCGGUUCAGGGAAGGUGUUAACUCGAGGUCGCCCAAAUGUAUUGCUCAUCAGAUUGGAGGAAACGACAUUGGGAGGAGAGGGAUGGCCCAUCCUGUGUUCCAGCAUCAGCUGCAUGGAGGUUCAGGAAAGGUCAUAACUCGAGGUUGCCCGAAACUAUUGCUCAUCAGAUUGGGAGGAAUCGACAUUGGAAGGAGAGGGAUGGCCAGUCCCGUGUUCCAGCAUCGGUUGCGUGGAGGUUCAGGAAAGGUCUUAACUCAAGGUCGCCUGAAACUAUUGGUCAUCGGAUUGGGAGGAAUCGACAUUGGAAGGAGAGGGAUGGCCCGUCCCGUGUUCCAGCAUCAUUCAGGAAAGAUCUUAACUUGAAAUUGCCCAAACCUAUUUCUCAUCAGAGUGGGAGGAUCGAGUAUGCAGGCAAGGCAAUAUCUAGAUGGUUGGCUGUUGGUUUGGAUGAUGAUAGAGAUCAUCUUCCUUCUAGCGUCUUUCUCAGGCCAGUCUCUGUUGAGGCCAUUGAACAGCAACCAGGAGAAAAACUGCUAGCCUUAGCCAAAAGUUGUGUAGUUAGUGAAGAUGAUGAAACAGGCCGGGACCAUAGGAAGAAACCUUGGGUGCAUAUAGCUGAAACUGUGAUGAAAGAUUUAGUUUGUUCAUUCAAAGCUUUGAAGAGUGAGAUCCUUAAUCAGAGCAUGGACGCAAUAAAACCAACACUGAUUGCUAGAUUUGGGAAAAUUAUUUUUCAUGGGACUCCUUCAUUUCCAGUGGAAACUCAUGGAGAUAUGGUUACAAAGGCCUCAUUAAAACGGUAAAAAAAAACAUUUUACUCAAAUCUUCCUUCCUUAUAUAUGGAAAAUGUGACCCAUAAAGUUAUCCCAGAGAUUGGCCUUAGUUUUGAAGACGAAAAGGAUAUAUAUCAUGUCCAGUUAUGUGAUUUGUCCAGGCCAGGUGCGACCAUCUGCUGCAAAUGUAGUGUCAUUAAGGCAGAGCAGCGACUUGAACUGUAUAAGGUUGAGUUAGGCCAGAUUCGACACAUGGUUGUUGAUGUAUCGUGCCUCAAUAAGGAUCUGGAUAUGAGGUUAAUGUUACGUGCCAAGAGACUCUUUACGGCUAUUAGCGAAGAUGAAAAGAACAGCAUUAGGGAUAUGAUUUCUUCUGCAGUUUUAGAUUCUAGUGUGAAGGGGGGUUUGAGAUGGCCUCUGAGGAAGGCACUUUCUGGGGAUAGAUACAGGGUCAUUGGGGCUUGGCAUACAAUCUCUAGAACUUAUAAUAAUUCAUCCAUGAGGCUGAAGGUGAAGCAUGCCAAUCGGUUUAAUAUUAGGGACUCCCAUGGGGAAGUUACUGAAGAAAUUACCCUGAAGUUGAAUGGAAUAACUUCUGAAUUGCAUGGACAGAAUCUGGGAGCUGAUUCAGUCUGUGAAAUGCUUAAAGAUGCAGUAAAGAUGCAGUAA